UAUGCUCUUAUCAGUGAAUGGACUGUUAAACUUCCUAUAAUCCUGAUAAUGGGAGUCACAACCAUUGUUGAUGCACUGAGAGAUAUAUUGCCUUCAAGCACACUUCAGUAUCUGUCACCUUCUAAAUUUGUGUUGGAAUCACCAACUGAGAGGAUGGAUGCAGUCAUCGAGUCUGUCCUUGUUAAAUAUGGUACUUGUUUCUGCUUGGGCCAUGAGGUAGCAACUUUCCUCAGAAACUACUUCUUAAGGGAAGACGGAACACUUACAUCAUUUAUUAGAGCCUUCAAGAUGGCCUGUGUCCAGCAUUUCAUCUUAUAUCCAUCAGGCCUUGCAAUUUCUGGGUUACUAGAGAAUAAAUACUCUCAUGACCUGAGCUAUGGUACUAUUGCUUCACUCCAAGGAAGUAUAGUCAAGCAGGCCUUUGGUCUUCCAUCUCAGCUUAGGAAUAAUCAAGUUGAACCAGAUGGAGAUAUAUUCCAUGAUCUGACAGAAAUACAGAGGCAUUGGCAUCUAUGGAGCUCUUUGGUUAUGUGCAUUUAUGAAGCUGCAAAGUAUCAGAAAACUACAUUGUUGGAUUUAUACUGUGAGGUUCUUGAUCCUCAGCUGUACAAGACUGAGGCUUCUGGUGAUCAGGUUGCAUCCAGAUACAGUGGUAGCCUGUGUUCAAAAAGUCACUGUUUAUUGGGAAAGCAUCCUUCCUUGGAAAUGUGCGGUUCCAUUUGUCAGGCAGCCCGUGGACUAAGGGAUUUACCAGCUAAGGAGUUGUGGCAGUUGCUGAUGAAAUGGAGUGAACUGACCAAUGGCACAAGUGAGGUCCAUGAGAAAAUAAAGGAGUUGCAAUCUUUGGCACGGUCUGAGGACAGGAUGCAUUUGUCUAUGCAGCCAAUGGACAUGUCCAAUAUACAUACAACUCGUGGCAACUUAAUUUCAGGAAAGGAUAUGGCCAAACUGAGUGAACAAGCUGCAAGAUUGGCCGGUUGUAUGGUGUGGGAAUACAUGGAGCCAAUUGAGUGUAUUCCUUUGCAUGAAGUUAUCUGCUUCAAGAAUGUUGACAAACUUCAAUCAGCCUUGAUUGGAGACCCUAGGACAAGAAUUCAAAUUGAUCUGUUGGAGUCUCAGAAAUUCCUCAAGUGUAGUUGCUGCAGAGAAAAUGCCUGCAUAUCAUUGCCAUCCAUACAUGAUACCUCAAUAAUAUAUAGCUUAGCUCAAGAACAUGGUGACCUUAUCAAUAUCCAUGACUGGUUUCAAUCUUUUAAAGUGACAAUCUCUAAGUCAGGCAUGAGAACUAAAAGUAGAUUGAAGCAGUCACAGUCACCCUCACCAAAGAAGAGAAAACCUUCGAAUGAACCACAAAAGAUAAGCGAAGCAUCUAUUCAAGCCAGGUUCUGCAGGGCAGUCUCUGAGCUGCAAAUUACAGGAUUGAUAAGGAUGCCUUCAAAGAGACGCCAGGAUUAUGUUCAGCGAGUUGCAUUUGGAUUGUGACAAGGACGCAACUGUUGUGUGCUGAAUCAUACAUUUGAUGAAUAGGAUCUGUAAAUUCUCAUUAUUUUUUUUCUAGAAACGAUAGACGAUUUUAUUAUAUUUGUGUAUGAACCAUACACUUAGUGAGCAAAGGCUCAAUUCUCCUCCAUUGUUGUUCUCUUGCUUUGAUCAUUGCAAGUUUAAGAGCCACUACAUUGUCCAGCAGACUAUUCCCUGCGCUAUAUUCUUUGAGUUCUCACUAAGCUCUCUGAAUAAUCUUAAUCUUGAAUGACGGUCUUCUGCUCUCUUUAAAUACUCUCUCAUUUCUUGCCUUCAAGAUUUGCCAAAGAAUAUUUACGGUUAGUGGAAUAUGUUCCAUUCCUGCAGGUCUACUCCUGGCUUCAAUUAGAGCAUUCCACCAUCUUUUAAAGUUCCCUCUUUGGUCUUCAAUUCCAUCCCAUUUCACUGGUGAUAGGUGCCAAACUUCCUCAGCAAUUCUGCUGUGAAAGAGCAGAUGUUCCAUUGUUUCUAUGUCUUCACCACAGCUUUCACAUAUUGGAGAUC